CAAAAAAUUACGUGACAAAAUAAUUUCGUGAGCCGCAUUCAAUUUUAGCAUACUGAUUUUCCACAGUUAGAUUGCCUUUAAAAGCUUAUUCUUUCAAAAACCAGUGGAAUACGUGUCUAAUGUCAAACAACCUCAUGAUAUACAAACUCCAUGCCCGAAAUGAGUUUUAUGAAAUGCAGAAAUGAUUCAGCCGCACAAGUUAUUGAAACUACUGGACGUUCUGACUAAAAUAUACUUACCACAUUUUGAUUAAUCUGGGAACGUUACCGAAGACAUGAGCAGUAGAGAAGAAUGCGGCAAAGCUUUUUCCUGCUUCCGGAAUGAAAGGCAUUUGCCGGGGCUUUGUUCCAAAAGCGACUGGGCGACUAUCACGCUUGAACUACUAAAUUAUAGCCAAGCGUCCAUGUGUUGGUCGUAACACACUGCACGCUAUAUAAGAAUCGACCACCAGCACGGAAUCCGUUGGACACUGCUUGUAGCAUCACUUGCAUCAGUUGCAUGUGAUCAAAUAAUGGAAAACUGCAACUAAAGUAGACGUUAAUCAGCAUCCUGGGGUCAUGGUACCCGUUCGAACUUUGCAACCACGCGACACAUUAUGCCGGGUCGUUAUCAUAGCCAUCGUCACUGCAUUCUCCUUGACUACUUUCUCCUAUAUUUUGUUUGGGAACAUCGACGGUCGGGUCGGCUGUCCUACUUGGCUCAUUUUUAUGACAAAUUAUAGCAAACCAAUGUGCAGUGUCAGCGGGUAUUAUGAUUCCAAAACGCAGCACGCCCGCCGUUUGCUGAUCUUCUACGAUAUGGAGCAACGCCUAAACGGCUCCAGUGCGCGACCGUUGUGCGGUGCACAGCCGGCCACGCUGAUUGGUCGGCGCAACAUUUCGCUGGUGGUACGGUCAGAUCAAAAUAUUUUAGCGGACAACCCUCUUGUGCAGAACGGAGGAGCGUAUCGGCCCAGCAGAUGCGAGCCACGGCACAGUUUUCGCUUGGCGGUGAUUGUUGCGUUUCGGGACCGCCAGCAGCAUCUGCAAAUCCUCUUGAACAAUCUUCAUCCAUUCCUGCAGCGUCAGCAGUUAGAGUAUACCAUAUUCGUCGUGGAACAGGCUGGAAAUGCAACGUUUAAUAGAGGUAAAUUGUUUAACGUGGGGUUCCGCGAGGCCGAAAAAUUCUUCGCGUAUUCUUGUUUGGUUUUCCACGAUGUCGACCUCUUACCCGAGAACGACGGCAACUCUUAUUCCUGUCCGCAAGAGCCAACUCUGCUUUGCAGCGCUAUAGAGAAAUUCAAAUACCUGCCACUGCCUGAUCAUCAUUUAGGCGGUGUGGUGUCCUUUAGCAGUCAGCAUUUUCGUCAAGUCAAUGGUUUUCCUAAUCUCUACUGGGGCUGGGGUGGGGAAGAUGAUGAUCUGAGCCAGCGGGUGCGCGCGCGUAUCGGCAAGCUUCGAAGAGCACCGCUGGAUGUCGGCCAGUACACAAUGAUUAAGCACGCAAGAGAUACCGGGAAUCCGAUAAAUCCGCAGCGAUUUACUAUGGUAGGAACCGCCGCGAAGCGUUUCGCCACGGAUGGCCUGUCCAGUCUAUCAUAUACCGUCAUUAAGUUGCAGCUGAAGCCAUUGUACACCUGGAUUCUGGUUGACAUUGGUCAGCCCAUUUAACAUUAUUGUGAAGAGCUUUUGUGCCAAAGCGGAACAUGCGCAAGAAUUGAAUGACCACCCUUUUCAUAGAAGCGUUGUGCCUGCUUCUAUCAGCAACAUGGACUUGCCGACUGCUUCAAUCAAGCUAGUGUCUGUACGCUUGAAACUGUUUCACAGGCAGUUUUGAUGCAUUUUCCCAAGGCAGUUUUAGCGCAGCCAGGAAUGUGAAGUUGCUUGUUUGUAUGCGACAAUCUGGUAUAUCUUGCACGAGUAGGAUGUAGACUAACAAUAAAAAAAGGCUUUCGCUUCGGGA